AUGUCUGACUGUUGCGACGCUCGUUCACGUCGUCCUGACUUAAAAACACGUCACACAGAGAUUGUGUCCAGUUUAGGAACGUCUUCGUCGUUCUUCACAGAGACACUCUUGACACCAGGCGACGAGAUGAUCCGUUUCACAAACUCGAACGCGUUCGGCGACGUCUUUUUUGUUUCUGUCUUGGUGAUGGACAACAGCGACGAAAAUGCACUCACGUUCGACUUGGACGUCGUGGUGACUCCAACAACGUUCGAUGUGGUUGGCGAUGAGGCCUUGAAAGUGCUGAGUUCUGGCGGCUGGAACCCGCUACGGGCGCCCGCGCUGAUGGACCGCAUCGGCUGUUUCGACCGGGAGGCCGUUUUCUUUGGCAGCGUUGCACUGGCCUUGGUGCUGAACAGGUCCUUGUCGUAA